AUGGAAAAUGUCAGCUCCAGUAUAGCGGGACACCAUGCCCUGUUAAUUGGAAUCAAUGCAUACUCAGGCCAGCCGUUGAGAGGAUGUGUUGGAGACGUGAAAGACAUGAGAGACCACCUUCAGGAACUCUCCUUCCCCGUCUCUAUACGGAUGCUCACAGCCACGCCCCCUAGCCCGCCAGACUCCCAAAGCCUCAUAGAGGAUAGGCGGGUCUGGCCUACAUAUCUCAACGUUAAAAAAUGUAUGCAGGACAUUGAAUCUAUAGCGGUACCCGGCGAUUUUGUCCUGAUCUACUAUUCCGGUCAUGGUGUGCGGCUGUGGCCAUCCACCCAGGUUGGUCACAUGUAUACUGGCGACAUGGCACUUGUAGUGCUUGACGGCGACAGCGGGGACCAGGCACGCUAUCUUCGAGGCCUAGAGCUGUCUUGUUGGUUAAAGAAAAUGGUGGAUAGGGGGUUACUGGUUACCGUCAUUCUGGACUGCUGCUUCUCCGGGGCCAUCUCUCGAGCUGAUGACACCCCGGAUACUACUAUCCGGGAGUUGCCGUACGAUGUAUUCGUGGACGAAACCUACCCUAUCGACCCAGAUGCGGCCGCCUUGGCAGAUACUCUUACUGGUGCAUACUCUCGCGAGGCCUCGAUGCUUCCCAACUGGAUUAUCAACCCCCGUGGAUACACGUUGCUCGCUGCUUGCGGGCCACAUGAGUUUGCUAGAGAAGCCCUGGUCAGCAGUGGUCUAUAUCGUGGAGCGCUGUCUUACUGGCUGUUGUAUAGCCUCAGAAGGCCAGGUGCUUCAGACCGAUCGCAGCAGGACACAUACCACCACAUCUGCUCUCAAUUUCGAAUGAAUAACUCGCCACAGUCCCCCAUUUUGUAUGGAAAUAAGGCCUUCCGAUUUUUCAACUCGCCUGUGUCGAGUGCGGAUCUUACAGCCCCGGUUCAGCUCCUCUACGACGCUCGCUCCCAACUUAUUCUGGAAAACGGUCGCGCGCACGGCGUCUGUGAAGGCGACCUCUACCGUGCCUCCCCCCUUCAUAAAGGAAAACCCCAGCUUGCUAGUGAGCCAACUCAGAGUGGGGCCACUGUACGCGUUGCCAAGGUCGGGGAGCUCACAUCAGCGCUUGAAGUGGUGGAUCCGGUAAGGAGCCAAACCCACGUGCGGACCGGAUGGAUAGCCACGCCGCUGAAGCGCCUAGGCCUUCAACGAUAUAUAGUGCUAUUAUCUUAUGGGCCCAAGCAUUCCGAGGAGUGGAAACAAGCGCUGGCGCAACGGCCAUCUCUCAACGUCCUCUGUCAAGACCCGGGCGAUAUUUCUUUUGCCUUCCGUGUCAUUGUGAAUGAGGGGCGUUUUUACGAGGUCCGCGAUGGCACUGGUGCGGAGCUCACAUCCACGAGAAGAAUUAUUAAAAUGCAAUUAAGUCCCGACGUCCGGGAAAAGAGGGGGCAAGAACUCGAUAUCCUGAAAGUUUUUAUUACCUCUCGUCAAACAUCCUUCGCGUCAAUAGAAUCAACACCUCUGAACGCUACGACUAAGGCGGAUAGCUCGACGGGCGUUUCAGUGACCGACGCAGGCGAAAAUCGCCUGGAUCGUUUGGACUGGCUCGCGAUGAAUUUUCAUAUCCGAGUAUGUCCCAAAUAA